ACCACCACAGCACAUCAUGGUGGAUCGAACGUUGGAAGUGCGCGCGGUGGCCGCGGUGUUUUUCUCGUUGGCGGCCGUGACGAUCAUUCUACGAUGUUAUGUCCGGCUGACGAUUGUCAAGGCGUUUGGGUGGGAUGAUGGGAUUAUGUUGUUGGCUAUGGUCUUCUAUACCAUGUUAUCCGGAUGUAUGAUUGGCGGCAGUCUCUACGGUACAGGGAAACACUUGACCGAGUUAUCCAAUGACCAGCGAACGACCGCCAUGCACUACUGGUACUACUGCGACAUCGGCUACGCGCUCGGCUCCAUCCUGUGUAAAGUCUCCGUCAGCAUCUUCCUCCUGCGCAUCACCAUCGAUCGAGUCCACCGCUUCGUCAUCUGCCUGGUCGGAGGCAUCGUCGUCAUCGCCGGACUCAUCUUCUUUAUCAUGGUGCUGGUGCAAUGUCGCCCGAUGUCAUAUUUCUGGAUGCAGCUGUCAACCGAGUACGCCGGUACCGGACAUUGCAUGGACAUGAGCAUUAUCAUUGGGGGAUUAUAUGCUUUUAGUGCCUCGUCGGCGCUGUUUGAUUUCACCAUUGCCGUGUUGCCGAUUAUGCUGGUUCGGAAAUUGAAGAUGCGUCGGGAUGUUAAGAUUGCGGUGGCCGGGUUGUUAGGGAUGGCUUGCGUUGCAUCCAUCGCCGUGAUCAUCCGCAUCCCAUACAUCAACACUCUCUACAACAUCGACUACCUCUGGGCAACAACCCCCAUUGCCGUCUGGUCGAACAUCGAAACCGGCCUCGGAAUCUUCGCCGGCAGCCUCGCCACCCUCCGCCCGCUCCUCCGCACAUUCAACCCCUCGACCUCCGACUCCUCCGGCUGGCCCAGCUCCCGAAACAACAAACGCAGUCGCUCCGUGCCCCUACAUUCACUAGAAACCCCGCACGACGGCGCGCGAAUACAUAACCCGGAUGAUCGGCUAUACGGGACGACGAUGUAUAGUAUUGAGACGGGCGAACAGCGCGAGUCGCAGAUGGUGUUGGAUCAUUUGCCGAUCCUACCGAAGGGCGUGGAUGGGGAUGUCGAGGGGGGGGGAGGGAGAGCGUUUGCGGGGAUUAGUGUGAAGAGGGAGGUACGGGUUGUUACGGUUUGA